AUGAGGGUGAGCAAUUCGCGAUUUUGCAAGGACCACAAACGCUCUGCAGAUGCGAUGUCGUACCAGGCAGAGAAGUCUGAUGAUCCUGAAGCCAAGGAGACCUUUGACCAGAUCUUCGCGGAUGAUGCUGCCAUGGCUGCGGCCGUGAACCAGUUCUCCAAGGACAACCCGCCCUGUGCCAAGUACAAGCGCAAGCAGAUGAUCGAUUGGUUGCAGUACAAGCGUAGCUAUGGCACCAGGGUUACCCGCCGAGAUCGUGGCACUGACGUGCCAAAGACUGAGAAGGAGUUCAAGCUUUGGUGCGUGAACGUGAAAGGCCUGACAGAGCAGGAGACCAAGGAUUGGUGGGCCAAGCUUCUGGACUCCCCCGGUGUGGACCGUGACUAUGAAGGGUACGGUGGCAAGUUGCGUCUGUACAUUCCGAAUGCGGAGGAGGGCCGCGACCGCCUUCGUGACCAGUACAUUGACAACAGGCAGGAAGAGGGUUCUGCCGUCGACAAGCGAGCAAAGCCCCAGGACCAAGAGGAGCUGCGGAGGCAUGUGCAUCGCCAGCAAGUCAGCUUCGCCGAUGCGUUCUUCCAGGGCGGCCACGGCGGCAGUCGAUCUUCGACUUCUGCUGGAUCUAAGCGCAAAGCCGGAGACGAAGAAGACCCAGAUGCAGAGAAGCCGAGUGACCCGCGACACGCCAAGAAGGUUUGCAUGGAAAGAGAGGUGCCCAAGUUCGGUGUGGCCAUGUCGAAGAACAUGGCAAGCCUCAAAGUGGAGAUGCAGAAGUCGUUCGUCCUUGCCAAGAAGGCGUCGGAGAUCUUGGAGAAAACGGAUGCCCCCCUGAAUGACAAGCCCUCCUACAUGUUCAAAGCCACUUUGCAGUUCAGAAUGCAGCUGGGUGUGCGAUGGCUGGACGACGUUAAUAAGGUUGUCGUUUUGAAGACCAAGAAUGCACGUGCAGCCGGUGGCCUGAAUGCCGGUGAGACACCGAGCCCACAAGCUGCCGUUCCUGGUCUGACAGGUUCUUCAAGUGACCAGUGCAAGGGCGAGGGCAACGCGGAGAAGGGCCAGGGCAACCACGGCAAUGACCAGGAGAUCCCCGCGAAGACAGACAACCCCGGCAAUGACAAGGAGAUCCCCGCGAAGACAGACGACCCCGGCAAUGACAAGGAGACUGCCACUACCCCGAAGAAAGAGAAGCUAGAGCAGGAUGCCAGGUCCCCUGCCCAAAGCGAGAAGUCCAUGCAGAUCGUGUUUGCAAACUCCGAGCCGCAACUCUUGCAGGACUACAAGUCUGCUGUUCGUCAGCAAAGUACCUCGGAGCUUCUGGCCAACAAUCCCCACAAGAAGCCCUUUGACCAGGACCCCAAAACCUUCAGGACGAAUGCGGAGAUGACCAGAGAGAUGCAGCGGAUCAUGGAGAUCAGUGAUGAGAAGGAAUUCCUCAAAGCACGUGAUGCAUGGAAUGCAACCGUGACAACCGUCAAGGAGUUCAUCAAGAACUUGGGGAGGGCUUCCUCGGACCUGGUGACCCACAUCAAAAGCUUGGAAACGAAGGCCAGGGCGGAGAAAGAGAAGUCUGAGAAAGAGCGUCAAAAGGCGGAUGUGGCGAAGGCCCGUGAGGAGGCUAAGAAGGCUGCCGAGGACAUCCGCAGAAACCUUGCAAAGUCUGAGGCCAAGCCUGUCCUGUUCGACGUGGACUUUGCCGCCGCCAAGGUUCCCGAGAUUUGCAGGCACGAGGGCAACGGCUUCCACGACAAGAAAGCGGAUGAGCCUUGCCUGUUGAUCAACAACGACAAGCAAAAGCUUUGGUUGGCCAGCGAGGCCGUGGACAAAGCUCUUGCUACGUAUGGCACUGCAUACAAGAAGGCCAAGGACGUGAAAGCCAACGGUCGCGGCCAGACUCCUAUUCAAGAUGCAGCUGCUAAAGAUGAAACUUCUGAGUUCCUGUUGAAGUUGUUGCCCGACGACACCAAGGUGCUGAACAUUGAGAACAUUGUGGAGGGCGGUUCCGCGUUCAUGGACAACUGCUGGUGUUACUCCUUCAUGCCGGGCAAUGUUUCCUUCAGCAUCCCUCCCAAUGGUGCGGCUUUUGUCAGGGCUCAGGCUUUGGGAACGACAUCGUUCGUGCUGUUCAAGUUGAAGUCAUUGCUUUCGUAUGUCAAGAGCAAGCACGCAGCAGAUGCUGACAAGAAGCCUGCGUUGGAGCUCGUGACUCAGUGGGGGCAAGACGCAGUUGCAAAUGCUCUGGGAGAGGAGGCAGACGGCAAGGUGGAGAUGAUCCGUGGAAGCUUGAGCGCGAACCAGGCGAUGUUCGUUCCAAGUGGAUGGGUGAUCUUGGAGCGUGCCCACGCCGAGCAGGCAGCAAUCUACGGGGUCCGCAAGUCCAUGUUCAUCGACUCCGUUCAGAACUACAUGGGCUACGAGGCUAUCAAAAUGUAUUACGAAGCAUGCUCUCCGAACCGCGACCUUUCGAGGAUGACUACAAUUUUGGAGGCAUUCAUGAAGAAGCCAUGA